AUGCAUUCCCAUCAUUCACAUAGUGGUACAUAUGUAUCACACGCAACUGAUGAUUUAGAUUCAAUUGUAAGUAAAGCUCAAUCGAUGGGUUUUACCCAUUUUUGUCUUACAGAACAUAUGCCCCGGUUGGAAAAUAAAUUUCUUUAUCCAGAAGAGAUAGAGAAGAAUUAUUCUAUUAAAGAAUUGGAUGAUAACUUUAAACGUUAUUUAGACCAUGCUAAGAGAUUACAGGAAAAGUAUAAUGCAGAAGGUGGUAUGAAGAUAUUAAUUGGAUUUGAAGUUGAAGGCAUAGAUGAGUCCCAUAUUGAGUAUAGUUCCAAGUCGAUCAUAGAAGAAAGUCCAUAUGUGAACAUGUCGGUUGGAUCAGUACAUUACGUCAACCAAAUACCAAUUGAUUUCUCAGCAAAGUUAUGGGCCCAGGCUCGAGAUUCAACUAUAGAUAAAACGACUAGAUCUUUGUAUAAGGCAUAUUUUGAUCUCCAAUACAAAGUUGUACUGAAACUAAAGCCACAAGUAAUAGGGCAUUUUGAUUUAAUUCGUCUAUUUGAGCCUACAGAUGAAAUAGAUGAAACAACACAGAAAGCUCUUAAAGAUAUCAAUGUUGAGAGUGAUUGGCCUGAUGUAUGGGAAUCAAUAGUUCGGAACAUAAAAUUUAUUAAUGACUAUGGUGGUUUAUUUGAAUUGAACUCGGCCGCAAUACGGAAAGGCUGGUCUUCACCUUAUCCUAAAAAGGACAUGUGUGAUGCCAUAUUAAGGUAUGGAAAUGGAAAGUUUUGUCUUUCUGACGAUUCACAUUCGAUAGCCCAAGUUGGUUUGAACUUUCAUAAGGCAUGGGAAUAUGCUAAAGAUGUACUUAAGCUAGACUAUAUCUAUUAUUUGGAUUUGGAUGAGAAUAAGAAUACCGUUACUAGAAGAGAAUUAAUUCUGGAGUUAGAUAAAUCUACAUUUUGGAACCAAUACAAAUGA